AUGUCUCAGAACAACACUAGCAAAGAAGCUCCUGCUGCUGCCACCCUGGGUGAGUGCCCUGUGUGUUACGAAACAUUUCAGCCUCCAAAAGUGUCCCGCCGGAUGCUGAGCUGCGGCCACACAUUUUGCCAUGACUGCUUGGUCAAGUGUCUACUGUCCCAAGAAGAAGGCCACCUGCAAAACACCCUUACGUGUCCCAUCUGUCGCUUUGUGACCUUUCUCUGCAAUAAAAAGGACUGCUGGCCUUCCAAGACAGCCCUGAGUCCAUCCUCUUUGGAGUUGCCUCUCUCCCCUUCCUCGUUGCCAGUCCCCUGUAGAGUGCUACCCGGCUCUGCAAAUACUUUGGUGGUUCCUGGCCAUUUCCUCUUGCCACUGCACAAUUUUGACAGAUGCCAAAGUUUGCAGAGGUAUCCUACUGUGGACUCCGUUGUACGGCCCAGUGGCCUGGAACAUGAAUCUCAUAUCUUCAUUAUUACUCAGUGUGGAAUGCCGCUAAUUGAAGAGGACUAUAUUACCAUAGCUCAGGAUCACGCUGCUCCUGAAUCAGAGGAAUCACAAACAUGUCCUGGAAUGGGCUGCUUCCAGUCACCUAUUAUGAUGGCCGUUUUCCUUAUCUCUGCUGUUGCUCUGUUGGGAGCUGUACUUCCCUGGCUUUUGCUGGUGAAAAAUAAUGAAUGAACACGUUGGGUGAAUCCUUCCAUUUCCAAGGUGGGACUAUUCCAUGAUGAAGAUUGCUCAUCGCUACCUGUACAAGUAUGGAUGCCCAAAUGUUUUCAGGGUCCAGAUGGAUGGGAAGUCUAUGAAGGAACUGAAAAUUGCAGAAAAUGGUAUUAGUGUUAUUCUUCCCUUGUCAGGGUUAACAGUAUCCUUCCUUCAGAGAUGCAAGGAAGACCACCAAGAGAAAUGGUUGAUCCUUAUACUGAGUAACUUCCAUUACUAUUGCAUCCUCUUGUUUGAUUGUAUUGGUCUUCAACUCCAUGACAUCCAGGCAGCAGGUUAAUGGCUGUGCUAGUGAUUAUUGAUAUUGUAAUCUGAUCUAUUUGGACAGUGCUGAGGUGAGGGAGGAUAUAGGAAGGCAAUUAUUCAUGAUCUUAGUUAUAUGGUAAAUGCUUAUCUGCCCUUCCUCUGAGUUGCUCAAAGCUUUAUGAAAGUUCUCCAAUUCCCAAUGAGGUCAGAUCAGAUUGUAGAUAUAAAUAUUUCUCAAGUUUAUCUAAUAACAUUCCUUGCUGUUCCAGUAUCUUUCCUGUCAACAGUCUU